AUGUUGGAAUGCGUGGUCGUUUAUUUCCAUGUUAGCUUUGUACAUCAAUAUAUAUUGGGCCCACAAGGAGAUGGGAUUUCUGAUGCUGAUUUAAUUUAUCAUGCAUUAUUUAUUUUAUCACUUGGAUUUCAAAUACUUAUGUGUAUAGAUGCAUUACGGAAUACUAAUUCAAUUCAAUUAGUUUCUCUGGUAAUAUUCAAUUUGCUCUCAUUAGCCUAUGCCGGAAUACAAAUAUAUCAACAUAUUAUAUUGGAAGAGAGGGGUACUGAUGAGGCUAUCUUUGUCCCAUCUGAUAUGUACCCUACAAGUGAUAUGGCCAAGCAUCAUUUCACUUCUAGAAUGAGACCAUUGGAAUUUACUAUAAUCGGAUUGGUCGCGGUAUUUUCACUUUACUUGUGUGUCAUAGCUUACAAAUUGGUUAAAGAAUUUGGUUGGGAGAUUUAUAAAACUUACUCAGCAGAUGUUGAAAUCAAAAGGGCCUUCAUAAAUUUAUCAAUAUUACAAACUUUGAUAAAAAUGGAUAUAUUUUUCAUUGGAGCCUAUGCAAUCCAAUUACUUCCAUCACAACAAAUAGGUUAUGAUCAAAGUACGGUAGAGACAGUGUUAGUAUUCGUUAUUGGCGUAGUAAUGAUGGCAAUGGCUUGGUAUUCUAUUGUCAAAGAAUUAAAAUAUUUAUUAUUAUCAGUCAUAAAUGCUUUGUUUGUCUGUUUAGUCUACAUCGGUUACAAAUUAGUCAGAAUCAACUUGCCAAAAUAUUUCAGUGAAAAUCCAGAUAAUGAUCCUUACCAAUUCACAAGACUGUAUGGUAUGAACAAUCAAGCUCAAGAAUCUCCUCAUGGCAAUGCAUUCGACGAAGAAGAAAUGUCUGGUGUAGAUUUUAAACGACAAUCAAAACGACAAACAAUAAAUAACAAUUCACGUCGAACUACUCCUGCCUCAAAAAAAUCUAUAAGUUUGGGACCACCACCAAAACCUUCCCGUACAAUAACAAACAAUAACAACAAUAAUCAAUCACAAAAUCAACCCACAAUAUCUCGUAGUCCUUCCGCUGGCAGUGUUUUGACGAAAAAUAGUUCCACGUCUGAUUCUAGUAAUUCUACAAAAUAUUCACAGCCUGCUUAUGGCUCUAUUAAAGGAGCACAAGCCAUCAAUGUACCUGGCGAGCCUAUUCAACCAGUUAAUAGUAAUGAAAAAGAUGGUAAUAAUAAAUCUUUUAAGGGUGUCUUUAAUAAUAUUGUUAGCUCAAUGUCAGAUCUUUUAACAUCACAAAAAAGAGUAGAAAUUUCGUCGCCUUAUGAUCCAGUUCAUCUAACUCAUGUUGGUUUUAAUCAAGAAACUGGUGAAUUUACUGGUUUACCAAAAGAAUGGCAACAAUUAUUACAAGAUUCUGGCAUUACAAAACAAGAUCAACAAGCUCAUCCACAGGCUGUAAUAGAGAUUGUACAAUUUUAUCAAGAUACAGCAGGUGGUACUACUUCACCAUCAUCAAAACCACGUAAAAUGUCACCUGAAUCUCCCCCAGUUCUCCCUCCAAUAACACUACUUCCACCACUUGAAAAUUAUAAACAACUUCCGUCAUCACCCCCAACAAAACCUUCCGCCAAUAAUAAUAAACCACCUCGACCUAAAGAUCCAAUGACACAAAAAAUUGCACCACCUCCGCCUAAUAGUUCCGCCGGAUCACCAUCAAAAGUUCCACCACCACCAAAUAACCAAAGACGUCGUGAGCCUCGCAAAACACAAAAUAAAGACAAUGGUUUGGAUGUAAUUGAACGGUUGAAAGCUAUUUGUACUGAUGCUGAUCCAACUAAAAUAUAUAGAAAUCUAGUCAAGAUUGGUCAAGGUGCAUCCGGAGGUGUAUAUACUGCAUAUCAAAGUGGUACUAACAAGUCCGUGGCAAUUAAACAAAUGAACUUGGAGCAACAACCAAAAAAAGAUUUAAUUAUAAAUGAAAUUUUAGUAAUGAAAGAAUCAAGUCAUGAAAAUAUUGUAAAUUAUAUUGAUAGUUUCCUUUGGAAAGGAGAUCUUUGGGUGGUAAUGGAGUAUAUGGAAGGUGGAAGUUUAACAGACGUUGUUACCAGUAAUAUAAUGACCGAAGGUCAAAUUGCCGCUGUUUCUAAAGAAACAUUGAAAGGUUUAUCACAUUUACACUCAAAAGGUGUAAUUCAUAGAGACAUUAAGAGUGACAAUGUUUUAUUAUCGUUAGAUGGACAUAUAAAAUUAACUGAUUUUGGUUUUUGUGCACAAAUAAAUGAACACAAUAAUAAAAGAACUACAAUGGUGGGAACACCAUAUUGGAUGGCACCAGAAGUAGUCACACGUAAAGAAUAUGGACCAAAAGUUGAUAUAUGGUCAUUAGGAAUUAUGGCGAUUGAAAUGGUUGAGGGUGAACCACCAUAUUUAAAUGAGAAUCCUUUAAGAGCAUUAUAUUUGAUUGCUACAAAUGGAACACCUCAAUUACAAAAUCCUGAAAGCUUAUCCACAGAAUUUAGACAAUUUUUGAAUGCUUCAUUAGAAGUUGAUUCAGAAAAAAGACCGACCGCAAAUCAGCUUUUAAAAACAUUAAUUUUAAUUUCACUUUCAUUUUCAUUUUAUAAUUAG